AUGGACCUGGGCGGCGUGCUGAUGGCGGCCGUGGACGCGGGGGUGGGCGGCGCCGAGCUCGGCAUGCUCGGAUCUAGGAUGCUCAAGCACGGGAGGGGCAAUGCGGACGCGGCCGAGCACGGCGGCUGGGGCGUGCCGGCGGCCAAGCAGGCCAGGACCGACGCCGAGGUCUCCGAGGCCGUCAGGGCCGCCGCGCCCUACCUGGUCGGCACCUGCAGCCCCGGCCACGGCCGGGAGAAGAUGCUCAGCUUCUCCUCCUCCGCGGCGGCGUCAUCCUGCCACUCCGCUGCCGCCGAGGCGGCGGCCAUGCCGCUCUACUAUGGCACGCCCGCUUCUUGCUCAGGUGGGAUGCCGGUGGGAGCAGUAUUUUCUUUUUGUCUCUAG